AUGUUUUUUCGAUUCCAGAGGGUGCAAUUGCUCAAAUACCUGAGGUUCUACUCGUCCGGCCUCAAAACUGUAGCGAGAGACCCCGUCACAAUCAUCCCCACGGUGUAUGAGCUCACCGAGGGUAAAGAUGUCACACCAGAAACAAAUUCCGACACUUCGUUGGUCAGCUACUUGCAGUCGAGACACUUGAUCGAGUCGUUGACUAAUGACGAUUUGUUUGUCAUCACGAAACGCGGCAAUGGUCACCGAUUCAGGCUCUAUUGCGGUGCAGACCCCACAGCGCCGAGUCUACAUCUCGGUAAUUUACUACCACUUAUGGUCUUGUUGCACUUUAAGAUUUGCGGCCACGAUGUGUUUGGGCUAGUCGGGGGCGCAACUGGACAAGUCGGGGACCCCAGUGGACGGACAUCUGAAAGAACCGGCUUGAACUUGACGGAGGUUGAGGAUAAUGUCUCCAAGAUCCAACGACAAAUAUCAACGUUCCUAUCUAAUGGUAUAAAGUACGCCAAGUCAAGGCAAUUCCCCAUGAACAAGGACAUUGGCGAAACUUUCAGCGUCAACAACGAGACUUGGUGGAAGGACAUUAUGCUUUUAAACUUUUUGGCCACGUAUGGGAGACACAUCAGAGUCAGUGCCAUGUUGGCGAGAGAUUCCAUCCUGUCGCGGUUGGAGCUGGGUGGACUUGGCUUUAAUGAGUUUACUUACCAGAUCUUGCAAGCCUAUGACUUUUACCACUUGUAUGAAGCCGAGAAAGUGGAUAUGCAAGUUGGUGGCAACGACCAAUGGGGCAACAUCACGGCGGGGAUCGAUUUAAUAUCGAGGUUGAGAAAGCGAACCGAGGAUGGUGAUGCGCGUGAGGCGUAUGGGGUCACGGUGCCGCUUUUGACUACACCUUCUGGCGAAAAGUUUGGUAAAUCUGCUGGAAAUGCCGUGUUUAUCGACUCGAAAUUAACAACGCCGUACCAAAUGUAUCAAUAUUUCGUCAACACCCCAGACGACAUGGUUGAAAAGUUGUUGAAAGUGUUUACAUUGUUGCCCUUGAAUGUGAUUGAAGGCGAAUUGAUCCCCAAACACGUUGCCGAUCCCGGCUUGCGGAUAGCGCAGCGCGUGUUGGGCAGAGAAGUGGUGGACUUGAUCCAUGGCGUUGGUGUCGGUGACGAAAUGGCAUUUCUAACUGGAUUCUUAUUCCCUACUCCCGACCAGCCGUUUAACGACCACGUUAGCGCCGAUGAUCUCAUCAAGAAUUUGAAAAGAUCGGGCAUAUUGCACAAGUUUCCCUUGCAAGAGUGCGAUGACAUCAAAAUGAGCACGCUUCUUUCCAAAAUCACAGGCAAGUCUAAGAAUGAAGUCAAGAGAUUGAUCAAAGCAGGCGGCGUCUACUUGGGCUUAGACAGAGACCAGUUCGAGGACCCAAAAGAUGUCGUCUUGUUUGACAAAGACCACCACUUGAUCGAUGGGAAGCUAAUGUUGAUACGAAUCGGUAAACAGAACUACUACGUGGUCGAGUUUGAAUAA